AUGAGUCAAAAUCCGAUGAUAAUACAGUCUCCAAGUGGUACCCGUACUGAUACGGCGAAUCCAUCUGCUUCGGCAGCACGCACGGAUUUAGAGGUGCGAAACUCACGUUCAAACAGAAUCAAUACGAUAGGUACAACUGUAACCACAACAACUUUAAACAACCAACCACGAAACAACCAAAACUUUCUCUCAAUGAAAUCAAAAUCCAUGAUCGGCGUCUGGAAUGUUCGAUCCCUAAUCGGACCAGGUAAACUUGAGCAACUAUCCCGGGAACUCUUUAAAUUCAAGCUUGACAUGAUCGGCAUCAGCGAGUGCAGAUGGAAAGACUCCGGGGAAAUCAACUUAUCUAAUGGAACUAAGUUUCUGUACUCUGGCAGAAGUGAUACCCAUCAUAAUGGUGUCGGUUUUCUCCUCAGCAAAACUGCGGUUCGUGCCCUCUUACAAUGGCAGCCAAUCAACGACCGCUUCAUUUGGUGCCGAUUUCGCUCCCGUGCACGAAACGUGACUAUAAUACAAACCUACGCUCCCACUGAAGUCGCCGAUUCCGAUGAAAAACUGGCCUAUUAUAAUCAGCUUUCGUCUAUUAUUCAUAAUGCUCAUAAACGAGAUAUUCUAAUUGUAAUGGGUGACUUAAACGCCAAAAUUGGUGCGGACAACACAAACAUAGAGCACAUAAUGGGAAAACAUGGUCUGGGGACCAGAAACGAAAAUGGUGAACUCCUAAUUGAAGCGUGCAAUGACGCCAACCUUGUUAUCGGGGGCUCCAUUUUCCCUCACAAAGCCUGCCAUAAGUCAACAUGGGUGUCACCCGACGGUCAAACCGAAAAUCAGAUUGACCACAUCUGUAUAGGAAAAAUGUGGAGAAGCAGCCUCUUGGACGUACGCACCAAGAGAACCGCCGACAUCGGAUCGGAUCAUCAUCUUCUAGUCGCGACACUUCGUUUAAAAAUCUGCACCGCUGGACAACGACGUACUUUGAACUCACUGCCUAAACUCGAUAUUUCGAAACUAAAUUCUGAAGACGUAAAAAACACCUUCGUCAGCAAACUUAGUACCUCAAUUGAACAGCUCCAAAGUCCAGAAGUGUCCGGUAACACUGAACAAAUUUGGCAGACAAUUAAAUCAGCAUUUCUUACAAACGCAGAAGAUGUCUUGGGUCUUCGACCCCGCAACAGAAAGCCGUGGAUGUCAGAGUCUACCUGGUCUCUCAUCGAAUGCCGCAGAGCUGCAAAGAUCACACGCGACAAUGCUAAAACAAGAGCGCUCAAAGCAGAAACCCAAUUCUCCUACAAUGAGAUGGUGAAACGAGUGAAGCUUUCAUGCAAGCGAGACAAACGUUUAUGGUAUGACAAUCUUGCAAGUAAAGCUGAAGCAGCAGCCGAACAGAGAAAUAUGAAAAUUUUAUAUGACGUCACAAAAGAGCUUGCAGGCAGAAGGUUCCGCCGUAUAGGCCCUAUACGGGACAAAAAUGGCCGACUUCUCAUUUCCACCGAAAACCAGCUUCAACGUUUCAGGGAACAUUUUUCAGAAACUCUAUGUAACAAUACUACCACUAUCACCCACACCGUCACACCGGCUGAACAAAACAGCUUCUCCAGCCUAAACAGUCGCAGUACAUCUGUUAUGAAUAGAGUACCUGAUGAAGAAAAAAUUGUUCAAGCUAUAGGCAGUUUAAAGAAUAAUAAGGCAGCUGGUUCAGAUAAUAUCACAGCGGAACUGUUAAAAGCUUGUCCUUCGACUACCGCUAAAAUGUUUCAACCUCUCCUGAAAAACAUAUAG